CAGCGAUGACGUGGGUAGGGUGAAAAAUUGACCCAGGUCUUGGACCCUACUGGUGGCGCGAGGCGGCGCCGCCAGCUGUGUUGUCAACCUUACUCACCUCCCUCACUCCCACUCCACCGUAUUCACCCUCGACGCCUUCCCCCAUCCUCCACACUGAUGCUGUCAGAGAUCAGGGUGUACAAGGGACACCCAGAGAGAUGAACAAAAGUUAUGGCCAGCAGGGGGGUGAUUGUGUAAACUGUGGAGUUAGCACAUCUGCCCUACGUAGUGAAUUGGAAGUGUUGAAGCGACGCCUGCUGGAUCGUGACGUGGCCAUAGUACAGCUGGAAGCACAGAUGGCACAGGACAGGCCUGAUCACUACCCACAAGGUCAGGUGGCUGUCCUGAGAGCACAGUGUGAUCACUGGCAGGAUAAAUAUGACAGGCUUCUUGAGGCUCACAAACGACUACAGAAGGUGAACCAAGGUCUUGAAGAUAAGCUAUUGCGUUUGGUGGACCGCACCGAGAGUGAGAAGUCUAGUUUGGCUGCUGACACUGCCAGCCUCACCACAGCCCUCACCACAGCUGCACAGGCUAUUAACAGACUUAAACAGGAAAAUGACCGGUACAAGAAUGAUCUUAAUCUGGCUAUCCAGUUACUUCAGUGUAAUCCAUCAAAGUAUGCUUCUCACAAACUGGACUCUCUUCCAUCAGAUGUCCAAAAGAAGGCCAAAUUUCGUCUUGCAAGGGAACCUCGGGACAACCCUAAGCCAGAAAUUAAAGUGAUCAAAGUUCCAAUCCCAACUUUCCCACCAACUGCAAUGGUUUAUUCAGUUAAUAAAUAUUCAGAGGAAAAUGAGAAGGAAGAGCCAGUUGAUGCUGUAUCUGCAGCCAUUAUGGCUGCUGUUUUAGAGGAAAGGCAGCGUGAGAGAGCCAAGCGUCAUUGUUCUACAUGUUCCUGUGGUUCGCCAAGAACUGACACUGAGAAUGAUGUUCUUCAAACAGAAGACAGAGAGCUCAAUGGAAAUAGUCCAAGUAACUAUGUAUUUCAUCAAGAGGAGGAAUUCAGUAGGAAUAUUAAUCCAAUGUUCAAGGUAAAUAUAGUGGAUGUUGGAACACAGGUGCUACCUUCAUAUAUUGGUGAAACAGGCAAGGUACAGUCCACCUGCAUUUAUUGUCAGUCUUGUAAAAAUACGUCCUCUGAAAAAUUCACUUCACUUGAACCGGUUUCUAGUAAGGCAAUGAAUCUAUCUCAUCACUCGAGAUCCAAAAGUCAGCCAAUAAAUCAAGUAUCAUUGCAGAUGGAUGAAAAUCAUUCUGUAAUAAAAACUAGUGAUCCAAUAUCUCCUGACAGUGUGUUGAAGAGUCCAACAGUAAAGAGCUUCAUCUUUGGCACCCACUCAGGAAGUGCUUGGGACUGGGCAGCUGAAGGGCAUGAUUCAGGGACCCCUUCCACUCCUUCAUCUCUAAUUAGUGCUUCCUUAAGCUAUGAGAGUGAAACAAGUAAUGUGACAUCACCACAAGAUUCACCUGGUAGAUUAUCCCAAAUUCCACCAAGAUCUUUAAUAACUAAACCAACAAAAAGCAGUAACACAGACAACCCGGAUGGAAAUGUGAAUAAUAGUUCACAAACAUCGAGGCAAACGGGAGAGGUGAGUGUGCCAGCAUCACCAUGCCACACUACUGAUUACAACAUCAUAGGAUACUCAUCUCAACACACUUCCACUGCCAAUUCUUCUAGCCACAUACCAUCAGUAACGCCCAGUAGUUUUCCUCCUCAGAGUCAUUUAUCACGACGUCACAUUAAUCACUCGUCUCCUGUUCCUGCUACCUCAAGCAAAGUGUAUGACCGAACAAACCACUAUUUUUCUCCUACUUCUGUGGCUACUCAAAAAAUGUCAUUUAAUACACGAUCUCCACACCAAGAAGUGUUCACUCCAUCGAUUCACCGGUCCCCUCCUCAGAGAGUGUCAAGGGGUAGGAGAGAUUCAGCCACAGAUAUUGUAGCUUCCAGCACUACCACAGCCUCUAGUACUGAAACAACCUUGUGAAUUAGUAGAUGUCUUAAGUAUCUAACCACUUAGCAUAUUUUAGUGAAGAUGUGUGACGUGGCUUGGCAAUGCAAGUAUAUCACUUGGUUCAAUUAGGAAAUUAUCAAUAUUCAUGAAUCUUAAUAUAAUAUAAUAUACAGUAUAUAUAUAUGUAUGUAUAUAUGUAUAUGUGUGUAUGUAUGUAUAUAUAUGUAUAUAUAUGUGUAUAUAAUGGUCAAUCAGGUAAAUAUUAUUAAAAGUUAUUAAAUAACAUCCAGAAAAUACAAAGUAGAUACUGUACUGUUUUGCAUUUUCAGAAUAGACUGACAGUGGCAGUAUUCAAAUCAUAACUAAUGUAUGUCAUGUAAAAUACUAGUGCCCCAUAUAUUUCCUUGAAUCAUUAGUUUUUUCAGGUAGGGCCCAUGGGGAAGGUGGAAGGUAACAUUAUUAAUAGUCAGUGCACCUUGAAAACCUGGCAGUGGCUUUAGUUACCAUUGCUGCACUACCUGAGUGAGGAAAACACACACACUUGUUAAACUGGAAUUGGCAUUUUUAUGUCUUGUCUGUGCUCGUCCAUGGUUCAUAUUCUUUAACUACAACAUUGAUGUGUCAGUCUUGGUUAAUGAUUUAUAUCAAACAUCUUGAAACUGAAUGCAACUUUUAAAUAAUUUUAUAUUGUUAUUUUUCCUUUUGUUCCUUUAUCCUCUUCACCUUCCUUCAGUAGACAACUCCAUCCAGUUGAGGUAUCCUCAAUAUUUGUUCACAUAUUAGUGGCUUCAUUUCUUACUAUGUAAGCAGAAGUCUCUAAUUCACUGUCAUGUUAGCCAACUUAGAAUAUAGUAUCUUGCAGCAAUGUUUUGGUAAAAAGUUAGCACUAGUUUAGAAAUAUAUCGAAAGUGACUUCGCUGCAAAUGGCUUAUUUGCUGUUUAUUCCACAGACAGAUUGCUCUUAUCAUUGAUGAACCAUAUGAACACUAAUGUUGACUUUUUUAGGCGACUAUUUCUGACCAAUAGUUUGUGCCUCAGUGUGUUAAUUUUUAAUGUAAAUAAUGUAAUUUGGUGCUUUGUGUCCAACAUUGUUGGUUAGGUUCCUUUUCCUAAUUAGUCAAAAUAUUAUUGCGUGGUUUAAGGAGCAUAAAAUAGUUAAAGACUGUGGUCUUAUUUCUAAAUUAUACACCAAAAUAUUUCCCUUUAUCCAACACUAAAAUUAUGUACAUUAGUUAAUAUUGUAUAUAUACUGUGAUACUUUGGUUAAUAAAAACCUGAAUUCCU